AUGUCGCGUGGGUCCAGCGCCGGCUUCGAUCGCCACAUCACCAUCUUCUCCCCCGAGGGGCGUCUCUACCAAGUGGAAUACGCCUUCAAAGCCAUCAGCCAGGGGGGGCUGACCACCGUGGCCGUGAGGGGGGAGGACUCUGUGGCCGUGGUCACCCAGAAAAAAGUGCCGGAUAAGCUCCUGGAUCCCGGCACCGUCACCAACCUGUAUCGCUUGACGGAGACCAUCGGCUGCGCCAUGACCGGCAUGAGCGCCGACGGCCGGUCCCAGGUGCAGCGCGCCCGGCACGAGGCAGCCGAAUGGAAGUACAAGAAGGGCUACGAGAUCCCGGUGGCGACGCUGUGCCGGCGCCUGGCUGACAUCUCCCAGGUCUACACGCAGAACGCCGAGAUGAGACCCCUGGGCUGCUGUAUGAUCCUGAUCGGGAUCGACCACGAACUGGGGCCCCAGCUGUUCAAAUGCGACCCGGCGGGCUACUACUGCGGCUAUAAAGCGACCACUGCUGGGGUGAAGCAGACCGAGGCUAACAGCUUCCUGGAGAAGACCUUGAAGAAGAAACAGGGCUCGCCUGUGGAUCCUGUCGAGCUGGCGAUUACUUGCUUAUCGACGGUCCUCUCCACGGACUUCAAGGCCAGCGAGAUCGAAGUGGGGAUAGUGACAUCAGAGAAUCCCCGAUUCCGGACACUGAGCGAGGAUGAGAUCGAGCACCACCUGGUCGCCAUCGCAGAAAGGGAUUGA